AUGGCCGGGGAGCGGGCGGAGGCGAGCGCGCCGCGGGGCGGCGGGGCCGCGCGCGCGGGCACUCCCGGCGGCGGCGGCAGCGGCAGCGCGCUCCCCGCCCGCUCCUUCAUCUGCUCCUUCCCCGACUGCGACGCCACCUUCAACAAGGGCUGGCGGUUGGAGGCCCACCUCUGCCGGCACACGGGCGAGAGGCCGUACGUUUGCGAUUACGAAGGCUGCGGCAAAGGUUUCACGAGAGAAUCCCACCGCGCUCGACACCUUCUCACGCACACUGGGGAAAAGUCUUUCCAGUGCACGGCUGAGGGCUGCAAUCAGAAAUUUGUAUCAAAAACAAACCUAAAGAAGCACAUUGGGCGCAAGCAUGAAAAUCAGCAUAAACAGUAUGUGUGCGACUUUGAAGGCUGUAAUAAGUCUUUCAGGAAACAUCAACAACUUAAAGUUCAUCAGUGUCACCACACCAAUGAACCUCCCUUCAAAUGUAAUAAUGAAGGAUGUGGAAAGUACUUUUCUACUCCAAGUCGACUGAAGCGGCAUGAGAAGAUACAUGAGGGCUAUGCGUGCAAGAAAGAAAACUGCUCGUAUGUUGCAAAAACGUGGACAGAGCUUCUGAAACAUAAUAAAGAAAGUCAUACAGAGCCCAUAGUCUGCAGUGAGUGCAACAAAACUUUUAAACGGAAAGAUUACCUCAAGCAGCAUCAAAAGACACAUGCUGUGGACAGGGAAGUCUGCCGCUGCCCGAGAGAAGGGUGUGGGAGGACUUACACAACUCUAUUUAACCUUCAAAGCCACAUCCUCUCUUUUCAUGAGGAGCAAAAAUCAUUCUCUUGUGAUUAUCCAGGCUGUGGAAGAGCGUUUGCCAUGAAGCAGAGCCUGGCAAGGCAUGCUGUGGUACAUGAUCCUGAAAAGAGAAAGCUGAACUUGAAAGCAAAGCGUUCUCGUCCAAAGAGGAGCUUGGCCUCUCGCCUGAGUGGCUACAUCCCUCCCAAAGCACAGCCAGGGCAGGCUGGGGCUGAGACAGAGAGCAAGUCAAUGCACGAGCCCGUGGGAAAUGAAAUUCCAGCUGUUGAGAUUCUGACUCUGCAGUAAGGCUUAACAGCGACAACAUUUUUCACCCAAAGACCACUGCAAAGCUCAACAAUAAAUUUAUUAUG